AGGCUUUGCAUGUCUUGUUCCAGUUUCAGGAGUUUAGGGUUUUCGUAUGGUCAAACUGCUUGUUUUUGGGUGAAAUAAUAUGUAUACGUCCAGAGGGAACAAUGCCUAUGGACAACAGUCCUAUGCUGGGCAAUCUGCAUAUGGCCAGAAUUUGGGGCCUGGUUAUCCUGCAAAUUCAGUAGGAGUUGGAGGGGCUGAUGGGAAUGUGCCGCUUCCCAUGGUUUCGCGGCAUUCAGCAAUGUUAGGGGCUGCAGAGGAAGUGGAUCCCAAUGCGUAUAGACCACUUCCUGCAGCUGCUGCUCAUUAUGGGGGACAGUAUAGCUCCCUCUAUGGUUCGGCUGCUUUAAGCACUGCACCUCAGGCUCCAUCUAUCAGUGCCAAAGGUUCAGGACCAUCAGUUUUGGAAAGUCGUGGCGGCUAUGCUUCAGCUAAGCAGGAUUCUCCAAAAUUUUCAUCUGGGGACUAUAUCCCAUCUUCAAGUCAUGCACAAUUGUAUGGGGAAAAUCCAACAAUUGACAGAAGGCCAUAUGGUCGGCAGAGUGCUUAUAUUGGAAGGGACUUGCAAAGUGAACCAACUGGUCGAUUUGCUGAUUCUGUUGGUUUUGGUCCCCAGCAUCAGGCUGAGAUUUAUGAUCGCAUUGAUAAGGCGGUGCUGCUUCGGCAAGAACAGUUGCUGAAAGCUCAUUCUCUGCAAUCUGCCUCUCUUGAAGGGAGUGCAAGACAAACUGAUUAUCUUGCAGCAAGGGGUGCCUCUAGUCGUCAUCCCACUCAAGAAAUUGCUUCGUUUGGAGGAAGAAUGGAGGGGGAUCCUCGCAGCUUAUCGAUGCUUAGUGGUUCUUCUUAUGGCGAACAACCAGCUCCAUCAAUAUUAGGGGCAGCUCCACGGAGAAAUGCAGAUGACCUCUUAUAUUCACAAAAUACUUCAAAUCCUGGUUAUGGGGUCAGCCUUCCUCCUGGGAGGGAUUAUGGCAGUGGUAAAGGUCUCCAUGUCCCAUCACUCGAGCCUGAUUAUCCAAUUGGUUUGUCUCAUGGCGGUCAUUCAAGGAUCGAUGAACGCAAGGACGACAGAGCUAGCUAUCUCCAAGAAUUUGAACUAAGGGAGGAGGCACGGCGUCGAGAUCGUCUACGCGAGAGAGAGAGGGAUAGAGAAAGGGAGAAGGAAUGGGACCGCGAACGUGAACGUGAACGUGAACGCGAACGCGAGCGAGAACGAGAAAGAGAGCGUGAAAGAGACAUUUUGGAGCGGCGGUUGAAGGAAAGGGAGCGGGAGCGGGAGCGCAAGCGUGCACUUGACACCAGGCGGGAACGAACUCCACAAAGAGUCUCCAGGGAUCGUCGCGGUGCGUCUUUGGUAAAGGAGGGGAGAUCUUUACGACGGGAUUCUCCACAUCAUGAAACGCCACAUAGGCGUCAUUCACCUGUUAAAGAUAAAAGGAGAGAUUAUGUCUGCAAGGUUUACUCUAACAGUCUGAUAGAUGUAGAAAGGGAUUAUCUUUCCAUGGAUAAACGAUAUCCCAGGCUCUUUGUACCCUCAGAAUUCUGCAAGGCUGUGGUAAACUGGCCGAGAGAGAACCUUCAACUUUCUAUUCGGACUCCUGUCAGUUUUGAGCAUGAUUUUGUGGAAGAAGAUGGUGCAGCUGUAAUGAAAGAGCCAACAACUAUAGUUGCUGAAGAACCUGCAAAAUCAGGAUGUGGGGAUAUUGUGUGGAAUGUGAAGAUUAUCUUGAUGAGUGGGAUAAGCAAGAAUGCUCUGGAGGAGCUUUCAUCUGAAAGAAGUUCUGAUGAUCGCAUACCCCAUAUCUGCAAUAUCCUUAGGUUUGCCAUUCUUAAAAAGGAUCGCGCAUUCAUGACAAUUGGUGGUCCAUGGAAUCCCACUGAUGGUGGUAAUCCAUCAGUUGAUGAUAGCUCUUUAAUUCAUACUGCGAUAAGAUAUGGAAAGGAUGUUGCAAAACUUGAUCUGCAGAACUGCAAGAACUGGAAUCGUUUUCUUGAGAUACACUAUGAUAGAAAUGGGAAAGAUGGAUUCUUUAGUCAUAAAGAGAUCACUGUUAUAUUUGUCCCAGAUUUAUCUGAGUGUCUCCCUUCACUGGAUGCAUGGCGAGACCAAUGGCUUGCUCACAAAAAAGCUGUUGCAGAAAGAGAGCGGCAGCUUUCUUUGAAAAAAGAGAGAUUGAGGGACGAGGAAGUGCUUAAAGAUAAGGAAAGUGAAUCCUCAAAACAAAAAAGAACAGAAAAAGAAGAAAUAAAGAAAGAGUCUUCAUCCACUGGAGAAGCAAAAGAAGUUAAGAACAAGGAACAAGAUGGGAAUAAUACGAAUGGGAAUGUAUCUGAAGGAAAGAAUGAUAUGAAUGAUAAGAAGCUUAAGAAAAUAGAUGAGAGUGGAGGCAGCGAGACAGGCAAUAAUGAAGAGAAAAAGGAACAGGUGGUAGCUGCUGAACUUCAGACACCUGGAAGUGUGAAGUCUGGGAAGAAAAAGAUUGUAAGAAGGGUUGUUAAACAGAAGGCCGUUGGUAAGUUGGCCAGGGAUAGUACAACCAAGCAACCUGACAAUAUGGGUGAGAAGGAUAACAAUGAAGGUGAAAAAGAAAAUCCAGAGAUACCAGGUGAAGAGGAGUCUUCACCUGAUCUUGCUGGGGUCAAAACUUUUAAGAGAAAAAGGGUUGUUAAGAAGGUUUUAGUAGCAAAGGCUGCUCAGAAGGAAAAUAACACAGACACAAAGGUGAAAGUUGGACAGGAAAUUGGCUGCUCUGAGGAGAAAGCUGAACCAAGCAGCGGUACAGUUGUGCAAGAUACUAAUGUAAAGACAGUAGUAAAGAAGAAAAUAAUUAAGAAGGUUGCUAAAAAAAAGGUCUCUGAUGUGGAAUUGAGCGAAGGGGUUGAUGUCGAUGAGAAAAAUUAUGUUCGAAAUGAAACAGAUAGUACACAGACAAAAACAGCAGUUAUAGAUACGCCAGCAACAAAGGGGACAAUAAAAGAAGUAGCUGACAAGCAAAAUGAUGUGGUGAGCUCAACUAAAGCAGAUUCAAAAGACAUUAAGGAGGAUAAGAAAGAUGAGAAACGAAGUGGUGACAAAAGUGGUUGUGUCGCUACAGCAGAGAGGAGUAAAUCAAAGGAUGCUGAAAAAUUGAAAGAGAAAGACAAAAAGGAGAGAGAUGGAAAAGAUGAGUCUAGGGCCAAAUCAAAAAAUAAAGAAGUGAAAGAAACGAGAAAGACUGAAGAACCACCUCGACACCCUGGAUUAAUUCUACAAACAAAGUUCAGCAAGGAUUCCAAGCUGCGUUCAUCAUCAUUGUCACUUGAGUUACUAUUGGACUAUACUGACAAAGAUAUUGAAGAAUCAACAUUUGAGCUUUCAGUGUUUGCUGAAACAUUCUAUGAGAUGCUCCAGCAUCAGAUGGGAUGUCGUCUUUUAACAUUUCUCCAGAAACUGCGAAUAAAGUUUGUGACAAAAAGAAACCAACGUAAGAGGCAACGAGAAGAAGAAAGUGUUAAGAAAGCAAAUGAUGAAAAGUCACCAGCAAAGCGCCCAAAGACAGAUGAGCUCCCUGUGAAAGAUCAGGUUGCUAAAUCACCUGAAACUUUGAGUUCAACUCAGCCUGAUGCCGUGAAACAAGAGGAAGAAAAAGCUAUAACUAUCUCCAAGGAGAGUAGUCCUGUUGAACCUGUUGAUGAGGUGAAAAUGGAGCAUGCAACAGAGGAUGAUAAAGAUCCAGAAGAGGAUCCAGAAGAAGAUCCUGAAGAGUAUGAUCCCAUGGAGGAUGGAAGUCCUCCGCCUGACACCAAUGAAAAUAUUGAGGAAGGGAACAGCAAUGUGAAUCCUGUGCCUGGAAAUGAGAAAGAUGAAGUCAGUGUUAAUGAAGAAAAAGACAUGAAGGUUGAUCAAACAGAGGCCAAACAAGAAGAAGGGAAGAAAGAGGAGAAACUUGAUUCAGGGAAGAAAGAAGCACCCCGCGUAAAGGAGGUUGUUGACAAGGAGCUACUGCAGGCUUUUAGGUUCUUCGAUAGGAAUCAAGUCGGCCACAUUAGGGUUGAAGAUAUGCGGUUGAUAAUCCAUAACUUGGGAAAGUUCCUCUCGCACAGGGAUGUCAAGGAACUUGUGCAGAGCGCAUUAAUAGAGAGCAACACAGCUAGGGAUGACCGCAUUCUUUACAAAAAGCUGGUGCGGUUGACUGACAUUUGAUGUUUUGAAAGCUUUAGAAAGAGGGCGAGGAUUUAAAUUGCAGACUAUCUGUUUACUUAAAAUGACCUGCCAGCCGUAGUUCGGUGUGUUAUAGGAGAUGACUGUUUUAAUUUUGAUUUGAAUAAAACAAAUUAGUUUCUGUCAUAUUCUAUAAAAAAGUUGCCUGUUGCCU